UUUUUUUUUCCCACUCUUGAGCUUUCGGUCCAGGAAGAGGGGAAGAAUACGCCGAGAUCAGCACAGUCAUAUUUCGAAUCAACGUCAUGAUUCUCAGUCCUAUCUCCUACCUGGAUUGCAUCGUGUUCUGCAUCUUUCUGGCGCCUCAGCUGGUGAUACACGUGGGUCUGUUCGAGACGAUAGCAGUCGUGUUGCAAUGCCUUCCUUUCCUGCUCCUGGAGCUUCCUUAUAGCUUUAUUCGGGAGCGAUACUUCUCCAAGCGCGGGGACCAGUCUCCUUUUGUGCAACAAGCGUCUCCGUUUGAGGAUUUCGUUAUCCGAUGCGUUCGUUAUGCCUUCGCCAAUAUUCACCCAAGCGUCGGGAGAGUCUUCUUCUCUAAGCAAGUCGCUCUGCCUUUCCUGACAUUCAGGAUGUUGCGCCACGGUUAUAUCAAGUCCCCGGUUCACUGGCACGAGUACAAAGAUAAAAGGUUCCGAGGUAUCUGGACAAUACAUGACCCGACCAAGCGACCGGACCUAUGUGUUUAUUAUGCCCAUGGUGGAGGGUUUUCUAUGGGCUCGUCGUACUUCUAUCUAGAGUUUCUGCUUUCCUGGCUAGAUCUUCUGAAGAAAGCUGGGUAUAGGAAUCCGUCAAUCUUCGCAUUAGAAUACACGCUCGUUCCAGAUGAUAGUUUUCCUGGGCAACUCGAGGAAGCCAUUGCUGGAUAUGAACAUGUUUUGUCAACAGUGGGCAAUCCGGGGAAGGUGUGCGUCGGCGGAGACUCCGCAGGUGCAACAAUCAUUCUCAACUUGCUGUUACAUCUGGCGAAUACGGGCCAACACGCAGACGUAAUGAAUGGGAUCGGGCAAUGGCAACUACCAAAACCCGCUUUCGCUGUCCUCAUAUCCCCUUGGGUGUCGCUCGUUUCGGAUAGACACCGCAACACCAGGAGUGAUUAUCUUGAUGCUGGAAACUUGCAUAUAUAUGCCGAGGAGUAUGCCGGAGACGACCUCUCACCACAUGACCCCUUACUUUCGCCAGGUCAGAAUCGGGAUGUAGAAUGGUGGCGUCGGGCGACUCCUGAUCAUGGAUUCUUUGUAGCGUAUGGAGAUGAAGAAGUUCUUGCCCCGGAAACCGAGGGCCUUGUACAAUUUUGGAAGAAGGGUGACAUCAAAGUCGUUGAUCGCGGAGAGACCGGUGGCAUUCAUGCAUGGCCAGUAGCCUCGCUAUUCCUUAGCGAGUCAAACAAACGGUUAAAGGGAUUGGAGGCAAUAGUUCAGGAAAUUAGAAAGAACAUCAAAUAGAAACAGUUGAAAUAAUGCUGCGUUUCAUUUAGCCCAUCAGGCACAAUGACUCGGGCAGGAAUUAGGCGUGUCUUGUCAGAUUAGAUCAAGUAACAAACAUCAUCGACCAGGC